ACUCUAUUCUAACUGCAUGUAACUAAUUAACCAGUGCUAGCUAACGUUACUGGAUAACGAGCCCUCCCUUUGCCCUCUCUCCAUCUGCAAACAUUAGAAUCCCAUAAAAAAAAAACUUCAGGCUGUAUUUUAUUUUUUAAAACCCUGGAAAAGCGGUUACAACUGCGCAAUAAAGACGCAAUAACAUGGAUGGGGAUUUUAUUUUGAUAGUUCCAAAGGGAAGCGGGCAGUUUAGACUUCUUUUUUCCCCAUGCCCUGACAGUGGUGGGGAGCUGGAUGAGGGAAGAGACGGAGAAGGUGGAGUGCAGGGUACAGCCAGCACAUACAUAGCGGGGUUUAGGGCUCUGAUUCUUUUGGGCCAGGCGGCUGAGUUUAGCGGCGGUGUACCUCUUUACGAGGUAAACUGCUCUCUGGAACAGGACAGGUGUGCUAAAAGACCCGGAAUGAAAGCGGAAUAAAGGAGGUAGCGAAUAGCUUUUUGUUUGUUUGUUUGGAGGAAAAAAAGAGAGACAUUUGGGGACAUCGCAAACGAGCCACCAAGGAGGAAACAGGCUCCGGGCCAGACGACCGGUUAGUACGGACACUGAGAGGCAAAAGAGGAGGAGGAGGAGGAAUAAGGGGAGAAAGGCUGACAAGUGACACAGGAGAGGAGACCCAUUAUCACUAGGGCAUGGCAGAUGCAGAGCUGGAUUUCCAGACUGGUGAUGCUGGGGCAUCCGCCACCUACCCCAUGCAGUGUUCUGCCCUGCGCAAAAACGGCUUUGUUGUCCUGAAAGGCCGACCCUGCAAGAUUGUUGAGAUGUCCACCUCCAAGACUGGCAAGCACGGCCACGCCAAGGUGCACUUGGUUGGCAUCGACAUAUUCUCUGGUAAGAAGUAUGAAGAUAUUUGUCCCUCCACUCACAACAUGGACGUCCCCAACAUCAAGAGAAUGGAUUACCAGCUGAUCGGGAUCCAGGAUGGCUACCUGUCCCUGCUCCAGGACAGUGGAGAGGUGAGAGAGGACCUGAAGAUCCCAGAGGGAGACCUGGGAAAGGAGAUAGAGAGCAAGCAUGAAGCCGGAGAGGAGAUCCUGAUCACCGUUCUAAAUGCAAUGGAUGAAGAAGCUGCGAUUGGCAUCAAAGCCUUGGGGAAAUAAGCCCGUGCAGGGGUAAUCGAGAUGCACUGGACCUGGGGAAAGGAGGGGAUAUUGCCUCGUCAGUUAUUCUCCCUCUUUGUUUUUCAUACUCUCUCCCUCUCAGUUGUCUGUCCCUGCUUCAGGUUCAAUUACUUAAUAAAUCAUUGGAAAUGUCAAACAGUUAAAAAAAACAAAACAUACUCCAUGUACAUACACGUGUCCAGGCGUAGUGGUAGGUCUCACAAAAGAUGGAGGUGGUGUAUGAUUGAGUAGCUACUUACAAGCUGUUAAAGUCAUGACUAUUAUUAUUUGUCCCCAAUUUAUAAAGGGCUUCAACUCCACACCUGCAUUGUUCUGUUGAGGCUUGCUGAGCGUGUACCAUACAAGAGUAAAUACAUGCCUCGAUUUUGUAUUUCUGUAUGUCACCAUUUCAGGGCCCCUACAAGCCCCGCCCCCUCCUGCCGUCAUAUCAUCAUUAGUUUGGGUUUUUACCGACAUGGCACACCAAGGUUCAGCGUGUUUUUGUCUAAAAGUUUAAAGAGACGUGUCAAAGAGAGACAAGAAACCAAUCCUCUUCAAGGAGAAAUUCUUUUUUCUUUUUUAAAGUCUGCUGGCCAAAACGUUUCGCUUCACUGUUUGGAGUAUUAUUUGUCGUACUCUCAAACUGUGAGCAGUGAUUCGGAGGCGGACGAGUCGUGGCGGUUUGGUGUCCUUACUUUGUGUUCAUGCAGCCAGUCCAAACUGUGCAGAAUGUCUUCUUGGCCAAAACAAAUAAAGACGACACAAACUGC